CAGAAUCCUCACCAUCGACCCAACUCACCCAGAACCACCAACUCGACACCACCACCACAACGACACCACAUCCUCCAUCCCCACAAGCCUCCCCGCCGCCAAAGCCACAAAAGCUCAUCCCCGCAACCCCGGGGCGGAGAAUGCUUCGAUCUACUUUGUCGGGAACGCGACCACCAUCAUACAAUGGCAUGGCAUUCGGAUUAUGACUGAUCCCAACUUCCUGCACGCAGGCGACCACGUCCAUCUCGGGCCGGGGGUGACCUCGACCCGGACGAAGGAUCCGGCGGUGGAUCUGGAGGAUCUGCCGCGCGUGGAUCUGGUGCUGCUUUCGCAUUAUCAUGAAGACCACUUCGAUCGGCAUGUAGAGGAUUCUCUCCGCCGGGACCUCCCCAUCAUCACCACGCCGCACGCGCAAUCGAUCCUAACCUCCAAGGGUGACGACUCCUUCACCCGGGUCGCAUCCGUGGAUGUGUACGAGCAAGCGUUGGUCGACAUCCGCGGCGACCACCCGCCGGACAAACAGCCCCGGUUGCGGGUGACUGGUAUGCCCGGGAGGCAUAUCCCCCUGGCGAAGCCUCUGGAAAAGCUGAAUGAGCUUGUCGGUGCGAUCCCCCCCACAAACGGCUGGAUGCUCGAACUCGGCUACAGCAGCACGACGAGGACCGCCGACUUCACGCCGGGAUACCGAAUCUACAUCUCCGGGGACACCCUGAUGUUCGACGAGCUGAAGGAGAUCCCGCGGCGGUACGAGGGCCAGACGAUCGACCUGAUGCUGGUGCAUCUGGGCGGCACGACGGUGCCGUCGCCGGCCCUGGGCCCGUUGGCGAUGAUGGUGACGAUGGACGCGACGCAGGGGGUCGAGCUGAUGCGCUUGAUCCGGCCGCAGGUGACGAUCCCCAUCCAUUUCGACGACUAUGACGUGUUCGCCAGUCCGUUGGAGGAUUUCAAGGCCCAGGUGAAAGAGGCGGGGUUCGAGGGGGAGGUGGUCUACUUGGACCGGGGGGAUGAGUAUCGGUUUCAUGUGUAGUGAGAACUUCUGGGUGAGGGGAGAAAGCGAAUCUCAGGGAAGUCAAAAGUACAUCCAUAGUACGGAUACUGAGCAGUGGGAAGAUGCAUGGGCUCGUGUCAUUGGCGGGUUGGAUUGCCUCCCUUGGCCAGGGUUUCGUUUGUGGAGUGGAUCUUAUGAGUAAGGUCGGGGUCAAGGGGGUCGGAUAAAGUACCGUGGACUAGGGACUGAGUAGUUGGCAUGACAAUGAAACUCUUUUUUUUCGCCAUCGAGAUGGAGCAGAGGGUGUCUUGGCUGAUGAUAUCGGGGAUACGCCCCCACCA